AUGCCUCCACGUCGCAGCACGGCGCGUUCUAGUCGUGCAUCGAGCGCGGAUGCCCCCGCUACGGCGGACACAGAGUCCCCUACUACACCUCCCAGGCGCACUACACGUGGCCGUCGUGCUACCGCCAAGGCGGCGAGCACUGCUGCUGCUACAACCGCAACCGAGUCGCCGGACGAUACGCCUGUCGACUCGCCUGCCAAGACACCUUCGAAGACGACCAAGUCUACGUCUCGAUCGCGUGCAUCGAAGGCCAAGACAGUGGAGCGUGAAGAGACGAUGGAGCGUGUGCACACGCUGCCUACGCGCACCAACCCGCGCCUGAGCGAAGUCAAGUCGCGUCAGGUCAAGCUGCAAAUCAUUCGUCGUGAAGACAAGGAAAUCAUCAUCGGACGUAUUAAGCUGCCCACUGUGAAUGGCGCUGAGCACGGGUUUUUGCUGAAACGCUUCGACACGAACGCCAUUGCUGGCUCGUCCAUGUUCCGUCUUGCUUUCCCGUAUGCUGAUGCGGAAGAAGAAAGCGCGGAGAUGGCCUACCUCGAGUCUCGCUUUGAUACGGAUGUGGCGAAUGGCGGCCUCCUCCCCGCGCCGCGCUCACGCAGCCGCAAAGCCACGACGGAUAGUCCAUCGACGAAGAAAGGCGGUGUAUUGCCGCCUGGAUCGACAGGCGUGCGCUUGCAAGGUGUGUGGAUCCCCUGUGAGCAUGCGGCGGCGAUUGCCAGCGACUAUGGUCUUCUGGAGUUUGCUCAGCCGCUGAUCGAAGCAACAGCGUUGCUGCUGCCGAACGACACUGUGCCCCUGCUCAAUCCCAGUGAAAACUUGAUUAAGACGGCUGAGGAGGUUCGUGCGAGGGUGUGGGAAAAGAAGGACACGGACUCGGCUACGUCGACGCCUGCUCGGCAGUCUAAGCGUGCUCGCACUGGUACGUCGGCGGCGCAGGAUUCGCCGGCUGCUGCGGCUGCCGCCGUAUCGAUGCCGGAGGGUGAACAGGAGGCCGAACCAGCGACGGAGACGCCCUCGAAGCGUCGCACUACGCGUCGUCAGACCCGCACGUCGGCCGCGACCUCUGCCGCCGCGACGAUUGCUGAGGCGACGCGCGCUGCUGACGCGAUGGUCUCGCCGGAGCCGUUGACGCCCUCGCAGGUGGACAAGCAGAUUGAAGAGGCCAAGGCCCUGGCCGCCAAGAUCCGUGCGGAGUCUAACACCGAGUCGGAUGCUACCGGUGCUUCGCGUCACUCGAAGCGUCGUGUUGAAGAGGUGGACAGCGAUGACGUCGUCGUGGCGCCGCAAGAGACGCGUGUCUCAGCGCCUACGCCGCAGAUCCCGCAUCGUCAUCCUCUUGCGCGGGGUAUGCUCACAGCAGCUGGCGCUGUGGGUCUCGGUGCUGUGGCAUGGUACUCGGGCGGCAAUGUGAACUUGUCGUCUGCCGUGCCGCAAGUCUUGCAACAGCUGCAGCGUGUGGACUAUGCGAGUGCCCUCAACACGAUUCAGAACAACAUCCAGAACUGGGGCGUGUCGUCAUGGUUCGGGUAA